AUGGCGCCGAAGUCCCUCGCGAUAGCAGCUACCCUGCUGGCGGUCUCUGGGCUCCAGUCGGCCUUUGCUGCAAGCACCACUAUAAAGUUUACGGUUGAGGGAGCUGAUGAAGAAGCUUAUACUGCUGCUAACUUGGCAAGAGUUGGGAAACUUCCUGUUCGUAUUAAUAAACUUAAAGAAAAUUUUGAUAUUGUCGCUUCACUAACGACAGAACUAACAAUGAACAAAUACCUUACGGGGGAUACAUGCGAAAAUAUGCAAGUCCACGAGGCACUUAAAAACAUUUUUAGUGUUCAAUUCGAUUUCCCUCAAGGUAAAGAGACACCAGUUGACUACCGCCAGAUGAUGCAAACAGCACUAACCAAUGGAAUUGAAGCAUUAAAGAAGAAAUCACCCUAUGGAAACUCUUCAUCAACCUGGGAAGCGCUCUGGGCUGACGAGGCAGGGGCUCAGGUGUCUUAUAUUCUUUGGGGAAACAGCACAGAGAUUGGCUGUGUAAUUGGAAGAUGUACGGAGAUUAUAUCGGACGAAAAUGAAGAAAGCAAUAUAACAACAAAUGCAAUGCUGGUCUGCUUGUUGUCCCCUUCACCGGAGAAGAAUAAAGCUCCUUUUAGCAAAGAGUAUUACGAUGCGGUUAUUGAACGAACCACCCUUCUUAGUGAAAUGACUGAUAAAGACCUCCAGGGCUCCUCUAACGACGCCGCAGCUGUUGCUGUACCCUCCUUUCUUCUCAUAGGUAUUGUUGUCAUGCUGCAGCUACUCUAG